UAACGUACAAAUCCAAAUCGUUUUCCAUGCUUUUACGUUUUACGUUUUAGGUUUAUUAAACGAGCGAACCGAACACACAACCUCCCCCGUCCAGCACGAAACUUACGAAACUUACGAUACGUACGAUACGUACGAUACUUACGAAACCAGCAAACAGCAAACAGCAGCAACGAACAGUACAGUACAGUAGUAGCAAACAGGCAUAUUUACGUUGGCCCGCUUGCUCCAAGGAAACGGAAAUUGCACAGCAAAAAACCAGUCGAAUCGAAACGCUCGGUGACGUUAUAACGUGUGCGCGUUUGGGUUUCGGUUUGUUUGCGUAAAUUGGCUGAAUAAAUCGGCUUUUUAAUGUUGUUGGCGGCGGUAGGUGCGAAAAAGCUAAAGCUAAUCAAACAAACUAAAUGGCGAAAACUUAAAAUUUAUUAAAAUACUUAAAAAAUACUUAAAAUACAAACACAUGCAAACAGUUGCCUAACACAUGAAUUACGGGUAAAUAAAUAUCAAAAAAAAAAACUUCAUUCAAAACCAAUAACAAAAACACGUGUGCAAAUUGUCAUAAAUUAAAAUUCACCGGCAAAAAGCAAAUCACUUUUGGAUUUUCGCCGAGCAACCGCUACGCAUUCGCAGCAUUUCACGCCACAAUUUUCCGCUACAAAGUUGCCAGUUGCCAUAUUCAGAGUUAUUAAUUAAACUUAAUGAAAUUUUAGACUGUAAUUAAAGAGAAAAAAGAAAGAGCGAAUAAAUUACGGACAAACGGGAAAGCGUGAAAGCGUGAAAAAAUAUCAAAGAAAUCCAAACUCAAAUUGAAAAAUGUUUUUUUGCCAUUUUCGAGCUAUAACCGGAAAUAGACAUCAGCAGCAACGUCAACAGGAGCACCUUGGCACCGCUGGCAACACUGGCAGCCUCUAGCCGAUUUUAGUGCGUGUGAAUUACGAGAAGUUCGCAUCUAAAGUGUGUGUUUCGCUCAAGAGUGGCAGCAGUUGGAAGCGAAGUAUUUCAUCAUAAAAUGUUGGCAAUAAAACUUCGACAAUUGAAUUCAUUCAAAUUGCAACAGCAACAUUUGCUCAGCUGCCGUUUUGCAUCAAAUUAUUUUAAAAGUUAUUGCCGCAUUAAACGACAUCGUCUUAAUAACAAUAAAACUUUAUGUUGGCUGGCAUUGACUUUGAUUUUAUUGAGUGGCGCUUGGAAUGAGCCGAACGGAUGUCACGCCUUCGACAUUGGCACCUGCAAACAUCCGCUCGGCAUGGAAUCCGGCAACAUUUCUGAUUUUCAAAUCACCGCCAGCUCAGCACAUGAUAUGGGAAAUGUUGGGCCACAACAUGCCAGAUUAAAAGUGGAUAACAAUGGCGGGGCCUGGUGUCCUAAGCACAUGGUAUCACGUGGCUUAAACGAGUAUUUACAAAUUGACCUACUGCAGAUUCAUGUCAUAACGGCUAUAAGAACUCAGGGGCGAUUCGGCAAAGGUCAAGGACAGGAAUAUACAGAAACAUAUGUGCUGGAAUAUUGGCGGCCGGGCUUUGAUAAAUGGAUACGCUGGAAGAGUAUACAAGGAAAAGAGAUACUGCCUGGCAAUAUAAAUACAUACAGCGAAGUGGAGAACUCACUGCAGCCGAUCGUCUUUGCAUCGAAGGUGCGCAUCUAUCCUUACAGUCAAUACGAUCGCACCGUCUGCUUGCGCGCCGAGGUCGUUGGUUGUCCAUGGGAAGAAGGCAUUACGUCCUAUGGUAUACCGAAGGGUGUUCAGCGCGGCAUGGAAAUUGAUUUGUCUGAUAAAACGUACGACGGUCAUGAGGAAGGCGAUCGUUAUAUUGACGGAAUGGGGCAGUUGGUUGAUGGACAAAGGGGUCGGGAUAAUUUUCGUACGGAUAUACAUGGCUUUGGUAAGGGAUAUGAAUGGGUUGGUUGGAGAAACGAUACGCCCAAUCUGUUAGGCCGUCCUGUUGAAAUAACAUUUGAGUUCGACACAGUGCGCAAUUUUAGUGCGGUCGUCCUACAUACAAAUAAUAUGUUCUCAAAGGAUGUACAGGUCUUUGUGCAUGCUAAGGUUUUUUUUAGCAUCGGUGGACGCCAAUAUGUAGGUGAACCAGUACAGUUCUCUUAUAUGCCUGAUGUAGUUUUGGAUCACGCCAGAGAUGUGACAAUCAAGUUACACCACCGACUAGGUCGUUACGCACAAUUGCAUUUAUAUUUCGCUGCACGUUGGAUGAUGCUAAGUGAAAUCACUUUUAUUUCGGUUCCUGUGCUUGGUAAUUUUACGGACGAAGAAUUUGGCGGAAACAUUUCGCCCCAAGAUACUGCCGAGUACCCAUUACAGCGUGAUGAAGUGGAGCGAGUAGCGAACACUGAUGGAAAAUUUGAUGAACGAAGUCAGCUUACUCCACCAAUUAUCUCCCCAAAACCCAUUGACCAAGAAGCUGACUCAAGUUUUGUUGGCGUGAUUAUCACCGUCCUUACCACAAUUAUUUUAUUACUGGUUGUGGUUAUACUUCUGAUAAUUGCACGGAAUAAGCGCGGACGUGGCAGCAAUGUUUUGGAUGCAUUUCAGCAUAAUUUUAAUCCGGAUACGCUGGGUGGCGCUGACAAACGUCUGAAUUGCAAUGGCAUGAAGGUGGUGACCGUCGACGACAAUGAGUCCAUUGACAAAAGCAGCCUCUAUCAUGAGCCUUUCAACAUGAACAUGUACACAAGCGCAGCAAGCGGCUGUUCUAUGAACGACCUACAGCGACAACAUAUUACGCCGGACUACACAGAUGUUCCAGAUAUUGUUUGCCAAGAAUAUGCAGUACCACAUGUACAGGAUCUCUUGCCUGCUCAGAAGUCCAAUUCCAUAUACGGCAUUGCCAGCAGUACCAGCAGCAGUAAUAAUUACAAUACCACAGCACGUAACAAAAUCAAUAAUUUGUUUCAAACUAAGUUACCACCACCGGUGCCACCGCCACCACCCACCGAAAAAUAUUAUGCCACAUCCUCCAUAUGCAAGCCGAUCUCAUCAGGCGCGCAACAAGGUAGUAAUAUUUCAGCUGCAACACUACCAUCAGCUACGGUUAACGGCGGCAGCGCCGGUAGUAGUGCAACUGCCAGUCUGGCAUCAACAGCAACCACACCCACCGGUACUAUAGGCAUGUCGAAACCACAACUGAAUUACAAUUUCGAAAUGGACGAAUUUGCCGAUAUGAAUGAGGAGCAGACCAAUUAUCAAGUACAGGAAUUUCCGCGACAGUCGCUUGUUAUUGUCGAAAAACUGGGCAGUGGCAUUUUCGGUGAACUACAUUUAUGCGAGACAAAAAGUUUGAGUGCAAAUCUAGUCGCAGUAGCUACAUUGCGUCCUGGUGCACCGGAUCACAUGCGCAGGGAGUUUCGAAACAAAGCAAAACAAUUGGCUCGCCUCAGUGAUGCAAAUGUGUCGCGCCUCUUGGGCGCCUGUCUACGUGACGAACCCAUUUGCAUGGUUCUCGAUUAUUCCGACUGUCUUGGCGAUUUAAAUCAGUUCCUGCAAGAACAUGUCACCGAAACGAGUGGGCUGCAGGCGAUGAUGCCGAACAAAAGUUUAAGUUACGGAUGCUUGGUGUACAUCGCCACACAAAUCGCAUCUGGUAUGAAGCAUUUGGAGCAGAUGAAUUUUGUUCAUCGGGAUCUCGCCACAAGGUAA